CAUGGAGUGUAACUAAUUAGUAGGUGAGAUUUUUUUUAUUUUAUGUAGGAAUUGUAUAAGGUUCAAGUUCCUGUAAUACUGUCUUAUGGAAAUCUUUACAUUUAAAUGGAGUUUUUCUUCUCUUAUAUACAUUAAAGUCUAUUUUCAUUUAUUGAAGUUUCUAAAAUGUACUAAUCAUGGUUUAAUGGAAAUAUUAGAUCCAUUGGAUUGUCCUGACUCUGCUGUGUAAUUUAUUUUGGGCAAAUCACGUAAAUACUGUGAGUCUCAAUUUCUUCAACUGUGGAAUGGUGGAAUUCAGUUAUUUCUAAGGUCUUGAAUACUUCUAGCCUUUAAGUUUAUCAGUUUUAAGUAAAAUUUGGCUGUAAUGUCUAACACUAAAGAAAAUAGGCUUUUUAUUAGCCCUUAACAUAACUCGUGUGAUGAGUUACAUUAUAUACCACAAAGGUUUAUCAGGUAUCAUCUAUAGAGUUUUUUUCUAAAUACACAAAAGAUUAAAUCUGCCACAAUCUGAUUUAUGGUAGUGUAAGUUAAGAUGAAAUUAUCCUAAGUUACCAAUUUAUGUGGAAUUCUAUAAAUAUGAAAAUUUACCAGUUAAACUCUGAGUAGGUGUAUAUCAUUUCAAAGGGAUAAAACUGUUAGCUGUAAGGGAGCACUUUACCCUUAAUUUGAAUGAAAAAAAUUUUUUUAUAAAGAUUGAAUUUCACAAUACUAAAUAGAUUUUUAGUUUUAUAGUAAAAUAAAUUGUAGACACUGAUUUAUAACACGAGUGUGAGACCAUAGCAAUGGUUUAGGAAAUAUCUCCCAACAAUGGCCAUAUACCACAUUACAACUGCUAGUCUUAACACCACAACUCAGGUUUAAGUGUCAUUGGGAAAACCUUUGUUGAUGUUGUAAAGAAGAGUAUAAUGAGCUAGUUUUGCUUCUCUGGGCCAAACCAGUGGAUAUUAAGAGGCUUUUGUUUGCUGUCAGUAUUAAGGCAAAUCACUGAUGGCCUUUGUUGUGGAACUGAAAAGGGAAUGGGAAGAGCCUGAAUCACGGUGAAGGGGUACAGUCACAGAAAGUACAUUUAAAUAAAGCUUUUAAAUCUUUAUUAAUCAUACUUGCACUCUGCUUUUUCCUUGGAUUUGUCUUUCCAACAAAUAUAUAACACAUGCUAAAUGUUCUUUUGUGCCAGCGCUUUGUGCCUUCAUUUGGAGAGAUGGUAAUGUGUCCUGAGAGACGAACUCCGAAGAGGACAUAAAAAAUCUGCAGCCACUCUUAGGAGGAGGUCAAUAUUUUACUAAGAAGCCCUAAGUGAAAGACAUACUGAGCAUUAAAUUUCACUAAUUCAAAAAACGCUUUACCAAUUUGACCCUGCCUGUUGAAUACGUAUGAUUUUUUGCCUUAAAUCUUGGAAAUGUAUCAUUGCUCUUAUUCAAGGAAAGUCUUCUGUGCAUUUAGAAGUAAAGUGUUAACUGAUCACCAUUUUAGUUUUCAAUGAAGUUUGCCGUACAUAAUGUAUGUCCUGUCCAAAAUAUUACCGGGUCACUUGGAGAAACCAAAUUUUCAGUUUAGAUUUAUAGCCGUCUGACAUUCGAGUGCCUUGAAAGGGGAAAAAAUUCUACGUUUAGGAAAGAAGUGCUUCCAUGCAUUUGUGAUUCUAAGGGUCAGUGGUUUACAGGAGUACAAAUGUCUUUGGGAGACCUCUGUUAAAUAUGAAAUAACUUGAGCUUCGCGAGAAUAAAAGCUAGUUGACCUAGUACGAAGUAGCAGAAUCCAUGACUGCUUUGGCCAUGAGUUUUGAGGUGGUCAUACAGAAAUAGGCAAAAUAGAGACUUUUGAAGUUCUCUUAAACACAGUUGCAUGCGCAAUUUGACGGAUGUUGAGCGUGAAGAGUAACUAUAGUGCUACGUCUGUAACACCUAUUAAUGCAACCGUGGUGAGGCUGGUUGCAGACAGUGUGAGAGUGGAUCUCGGAACCUUUCUGUUGGGGAUCUUUUGCUGGAGGGACCGGAAAAGAGGUGGAUCCUUUCUGUCACGAUGUGGGGAGGCCGCAAGCUGAGCUCCUCUGGGAAUCGUUUUUUAGGAGUGCUUAGAUCUAGGUGUUGGGGCACACAGGCUGAGGGUGCUCGCUUAACCAGUUCGGCAGAGAAUCAGGUCAGUUGGACUCCACAAACUAAACCACGGGUUUUCAGUGAAUACAGAAUCAUGUGGUUCAAAUCCUAUAGAAUGACUUUUGCCUGCUUGAACAGAAUGAAAAUUUACAGGUACCCUUGGAGAAGACUGUACAGUACUUCUCAAACCACUGUAGACAACAGUGAGAUAAAAACUUUCCUGGCCCUGGCUCACAGGUGGUGGGAUGAACAAGGAGUAUAUGCACCUCUUCAUUCUAUGAAUGACCUGAGGGUACCAUUUAUUAGAGACAAUCUUUUAAAAACAGUUGCUCAUCACCAGCCAGGAAAACCUUUGUCUGGGAUGAAGAUUCUUGAUGUUGGCUGUGGUGGUGGAUUAUUAAGUGAACCUCUAGGGCGGCUUGGAGCUUCAGUUAUUGGAAUCGAUCCUGUGGAUGAGAACAUUAAGAUAGCACAGCACCAUAAAUCAUUUGAUCCAGUCCUAGAUAAGAGGAUAGAGUACAGAGCAUGUUCCCUGGAAGAGAUGGUGGAAGAGACGGCAGAAACAUGUGAUGCUGUGGUAGCUUCUGAAGUUGUGGAACAUGUGAUUGAUCUAGAAACAUUUUUACAGUGCUGCUGUCAAGUGUUAAAACCUGGUGGUUCUUUAUUCAUUACUACAAUCAACAAAACACAGCUGUCUUAUGCCUUGGGAAUUGUCUUUUCAGAGCAAAUUGCAGGUAUUGUACCGAAAGGUACUCAUACAUGGGAGAAAUUUGUUUCACCCGAAAAGCUAGAGAGCAUUCUGGAGUCAAACGGUCUGUCAGUUCAGACUGUGGCAGGAAUGCUCUACAACCCCUUAUCAGGUUACUGGCAUUGGAGUGAAAAUACCAGCCUCAACUAUGCUGCUCAUGCUGUGAAAUCCACAGGACAGGAGCACCCAGUGCCUGCUGAGUUUGUUUUCAAGGGAGAAACAGAAGAGCUCAGAGAUAAAGACUCCACCAACCCAGGUUUGCAGGAAGAGCUGAAGAAAUGAAUUGUUUCUAAGGACUGUAUAAUAUGGCUUGGAAGUCUGAUGUUUACAUAUGUAAAAAAUAUACACUUUGUCUUUUGUGAGUGGAUCAAGAAGAAAAGAAAGUCAACAAAAGGGGCUAAAACCUUGGAUAAAAGUUUUUGUUGUUUCAUCUAAUAGCCACUUUCAAGGGAUUAUUCUGUGGAUAAAAAGUUUUGGCAAGGUAUUGUGUAAUCUAGGCAUUUAAAUUCCUCAGCCUUUGUUUUAUAAAUAGGGUCUGCAUAUUUGACUUCCCUUUACAGAUUAUAUAUAUUCAUCCACCAUGUAUGCACAUACGUAUAUGCCGAAAUGUGUUUUAAUUUAAAGGAAUCUGCAUUAUCUAUGUUCUUUAUUGGGUUUUAGCUAAAGGCAGUUAUGCUUCUAACUUAUGAAAACCAAAUAUAGUUUUAUGCCACUUAUAUUUGGGAAGACAAAAUGUAUUUUUUCCUUUAAAUUUUAGUUUGUUGGAAAGCAAAUGGAUUGUUAAAUAUAUGUCACAUUUGGAUUCAAACAUUAAAAUCAAGAAGUUCGGAUAAUGUUGGACAUACUUCUAUACAGUUCCAUAAAUGUUUUAUUGUGACUUUUUUUUUUUUUUUUUAGGUAGAAAGGACUUUUUAAAACUCAAUUAAAAAUUCAGUUAUGGAAAUUUUCUUCUUUGGCUAACAUUUUUAUAAUUGAGGGGACUGGAAAUGUAUUUUUAUGCUUCUUGAAGUAUGUGAGUCUCUGGCUUUUUCUGAAAGUCCAGAUGCUCUAUAUAAAGACAUUCACAGAGGCCACUGACCCAGUGUGACAAACAUGGAUUGAAUGCGUUGUUUCCCAGGUGGAAGAUCGGCUUUUUACUUCCUAUCAUUUUUCACUUUUAUACUCAUGUUUCCUGUAUUCCUUUGUCAGUGUCUAUUAGAAUUAGCUCCUCAGGCAAACGGUUCCCAGCCACCUUAGCUUAUCAUGUGCUUGUUCUCAGCAGCAUUUCAGGGGGAGGAACCUGAAAUUUAAAGAAUUAAAAGAGGAAUUUUAACUUCAGUUGUUAUUGUGUAAUUGGGGUACUAAAAAUUAGGAGCUUCCAUUGACCUCCAUUUAAAAAGUUAGAUUCUUAGUCCGAAUUCUAGUAGUUUUAUUACCAAAACAAAGCUUUCUCAUUCUAUCUGUUAGAAAAAAAAAAGUUGGUAUAAAAGAGUAAUCUAAGAACAAUGUAAUGGAAUUGAUUAAAAACAAGUGUCCCCCAAACAAGUGUAUUUAUCUUAGAGAGAAAAACAGUAACUUUCAGUUGUUAAAAAUAUAUUCGUUAAGUGCUGAAAAUUCAGGGUGAUUCAGUAAUAGCUACUUCUGUUUCACUUGACUUCCAAUGGGAUGAAAAAUGAAAAUUUCAUGCUUCCGUGUAUAAUCUAUUUGAUCUUUCAGGCCAAUUUCAACCAAAUUUCGAGAGAAAUAAGUUCAAGAAGAUAGUACAAAAUCUUUUAAGCGCUUGUUGAGUGAGAAUUGUUCAGAUGUAAAUUAUUAAUUCUGAGCACUACCAACUUUUGAAAAGCAGUAAUCUAGCAAUUAGGGCUAUGCUGGGGAGUUUCACCUGCAAGCCUUCCCUCAGGAACUCUGGGUUCAUGAGAGUGCCCUGAAAGAAAUGAUGAUGGAGACUUUAUGCCUAAUGAUCCAGCAAAAGAGAAUGUAAAAAUGACUUAGAACGAAAAAGAACAAGGCUCAGAAAGCAAGAAGGUGAAUUUGCAGGCAAUAUUAAUUUGGGGUGAGGGGAACAAUCAUGGGAAGCUGGGCAAUGACCUUGACCACCUUGUUGUGCUAAUGAAGGGAGUCAGAUGCUCAAUUGGGCUGUAAUUAUAAAAACUGCUGGACCAUUUAAGGUUGGCUCCAAGGGCUAAAAGCACUAGAAGAGCAAAACUUUCAGCCCUUAGAAGUAGCUAUGAACGGUGGUAGGAAGGGUCACACAGCAAGGCUGGUGGUGACAAGAGAGAGAUCAAGGUUUGUAGCUUUUCCCAAAACUUCUGCAAGGAACAGUGGGAUCCAGCAUCUAGCACGUACAUGCAAAACUGCCUGGGAGCCUGGAGGAGCCUUCUGGAAGCAGGAUUCUAGAAACUAGCCUGUUUAAGAGACUAGAAUAAAAAGCAACUGCAGUUGUUACAAAAGCAUCCAUUUUUUCCCAAAGUUGCUGUGUUCUGGGGAAAAUAAGUGCCAUGCAGGUACAUAAAACAUUGCUAUAUUUGUGUGUUCUAUAUUUUUCCUGAAGACAAAACAUCACAAAAGAAUUGUCUUUAAGUCUUUUAUUUUAUGGGGUACCUGGUCAGUUGGGCAUCUGUCUUCGGCUCAGGUCAUGAUCCCAGGACCCUUGGGAUCAAGCCCCGAGUCAGGCUACCUGCUGGUCGUGGAGCCUGCUUCUCCUUCUCCCUCUGCUGGCUGUUCACCUGCUUGUGCUCUCUCUCGCUCUCUGUCAAAUCAAUAAAAUCUUGGAAAAAACCGAAACAAAACAACUUUUAUUUUAUGUCUAGACGUAUACUUGAGGCACUAGAAAUGCUAUCACAUUGACUUUCCUGUAAAUCAUGCCUGAGUGCUCUCAAAUGAAAAUGUCAAUAUCAUUGCAACUUGUGAUCUCAGGAAACUUUCUAUUUUUUGAUGAACAUGUUUGAAUUUGGAAAACAGGGGUGUCUUUUGGGUACUAAAGUUGAACAUUUUGUUUAUGAUUUGUUAAUAGUGUCAUUCUGUAGAUAAGCUUAAGACUCAACAAAGAGCCAUUCUUUGUAGUUGUGUUGCUUUGGAGAAUUUGUUAAAGGUGUUCCCACUGUUCCAGAUGAUUUCACAAUGGAUAAUUGGAAAGCUUACAGAACGACAUGUGUGCUAUGUUUCCCCUCUGCACCACAGCCAAACAUAUCAAAAGGGUUGUAUCCAUUUUGUCAUUCUCUCACUUCUCCGCUCACUCUUGUGGGCCCUGCUCCAUUAUUGUUUCAUUGAGACCACGUGACUGUACCCAAAGGCUCUUAUCUCACUCUUUGACAUUGUUAAUUACCUCCCUCCUUUAACCGUUCUCUAUUUCCACGACUUUAUCCUUUUUUGACUACUCCUUGACAGCCUGAGUUCCCUUUUCUUGCUCUACCCACCCACCUGUUGGCUUUAAUUGAAUGGUUCCCUAUACCCAUACUUUUAUAGUCUCCUGUAAAUAAUCUUCCUCAAAUUAUCUUAUUUCAAGUGGGCCAUAUGCUUCCAUUGGGGCCCUCACUGAUAAACUGACCCACUCCCAACCUCUUCUUAAAACCCUUCAAUGGUUUCUCAUUACUCUGAAGGUAAAUGACCUAAGUCCCUUAACAUGGCUACCAAGUCCUGACAUCAUCUGGCCUGCCUACUUCUCAAGCCUCAUCAUGUAUUUUUGACAAGUAUGCUGGAUUAUUUUUUAAAGAUUUUUAUUUAUUUAUUUUAGAGAUAUAUAUAGAGAGAGCACAAGUGGGGUGAGAAACAGAGGGAGAGGGACAAGUAGACUCAGCGAUGAGUGCAGAGACUGAUGGGGGCCUGGAUCCCAGGACCCUGAGAUCAUGAGCUGAGCAGAAAUCAAGAGUCGGAUACGUAACUGACUGAGGCACCCAGGCGCUCCAAGUAUGCUGGAUUUUAAUAACAGAAGAGUUCAUUAGAGUUCUUUUGCAUUAUUUUAAACUUUACAUUUAAAAAUAAUUAUAAAAUAAUUUCAGAUUUACAAAAAAAGGGCCAAAGGUAACCCAAAGGGUUCCCAUAUACCCUUCAUUCAGCUUCCCAAAUGUUAUCUUUAACCACAAUACAAUGAUAAAACGCAGAAAAUUCACUUUGAUACACCACAAUUAUCUAAUGUACAAACCUUACUUACUUUAUUAAUUAUCCCACUUGUCUUUUUAGGGGGAAACAAGAUCCCACAUUGCGUCAAAUUGUCAUGUCUUAGCCUCCUUUAAUUUGGGACAGUUCCUCAUUCUGUCUUUGUCAUUCAUGACUUUGACAGUGACAGAGCACUGGACAUUUGUUUUAAAUGUACCUCAAC